AUGGAGCUAAAAGCGACGGAGUCAGUGGAAAGCGUGUACCUAAAAAUGGUGUCUUGUGGAGUUUGUGGAGAAAUCAUGGCAGAUGGAGGAGGGAAGUGGCCGUCCCGUAUGGGAAAUCAAGACAUAAUCUUGUUAAUGUCUCUUUCAUUAGCUGGGCAAAUGGAUAGUGAAUCUGCACAUGCUUCAGCUGAGAGUGCUAGAAACCGUGUUCUGAAAUUAUGCCAUGUUCAUAUAGUGCGAGCGGCUCAAUAUCUUCUGGCUGAAAUGGUAAUCGCAGGAAAAAGGGUAUCACAUUUUGACGAAUGCAGUACUUCUGGAAGCUCAGCGUACGUAAUGCAUGAAGAUAUUCCUCGGCAUCUGGUUACGCUUUUGAACAGGAAAGCAGAAGGUAGCGCCACAGUUACAUCUCAUGAUGUCAGCAGAUUUCUCAAUGACGUCUUUAAUCGUCAUACGUGGAGAGAAGCUCCGAUGAGUGAAAGUGAUGGGGAAUCGGGCGACUUGGAACCUGAUGAAAUACCGGAAUGCUCCUUGUUAAGAAACUCUUGCCGUGGGGCGGGGUAUGGACCGAUGAAAACGAAGCCCUGUGGGAUUUGUGGGAAAAUGUUGGCAGUGAUGGGUGAAAAGUGUUCAUCCAAAGCAAAAAAGCAAAACUCGAUUCUGUUAAUGUCUCUUUCACUGGCUGGGCAAAUGAGCCGCGGACGAGCACGAACCCUUGCUGAGCGCGUCACGAAAGAAAAGCCAAGAUUAUGCCAUGUACACCUGGUACAAGCG